AAUGAUGAUGAUGAUAAGAUAAAUUGAUUUUAUUUAUGGUGUAGAAAUCCAUUGAUUGAUUUUCAUUAUCGUCAACUCAUCUGAUAUGUGUGGAGAAUUUCAUCGAAGGAUUUCUUAUAAAAUAAGAAAAUCCAAUUUCAUCCAAUCCAAUAUCCGACUUGGUUUUUGUUUUUUUUUUGUGCAUCGUUCAUUGAAUUUAUUGUUUUUUUUGUUUUGAAAAUGCCAUCAUCAACUACUCCAACUACUACUACUCAACCACCAACGAAAUAUGAUCCACUCAAACUAUUGGCACAGAUCGAGAUCGAUAAUGAUCAACACAUUGUUCGUAAUGUUGCACCAAAAACAAUGCCAGAAUUUCAAACUAUGGCCCAAUUUCUAGACGAUUCUAUGAAAGAAAUGGCUAACACUGAAACGAUUGGUUUGAUUGAUGCCGAAAUGAAUAUGAAAAAAUUGUCCUAUAAAGAUUGGUAUAAUCAAUCCAAACAUUUUGCAUCAUCAUUGAUUAAUGAAUAUAAUUUGAAAAAAGAAGAAACAGUUGUAUUUCACAGUGAAAAUUCUCUCGAUUAUGCAAUAACAUUGAUUGGAACAAUAUUUACUGGUUGUACAUUUACACCGGUCAAGGCGGCUAAUGGAAAAUUUGAAUUAACACAACAGAUAAAAGAUUCUCGUGGUUCAAUAUUGAUUAUUGAUUGUAAAAAACAAUUGCCAAUAUUAGAAGGCGCAUUACGUAAUGAACAAUAUCGUCAAGACAUACUUGAACAUUUACGAUUGAUUAUUUUGAUGAAUGAAAAUGAAAAUGACAACAACAGUGCAAUCAUCAAAAAUAUAGAGACAAUUUUAAAAGACAGCGAAUGCAAAAUUGAUCAUGUCAAACAAAUGAUAAACAACGGUGGUGAUAUGGCCAAGAUACCCCAUUUUCCCGUAGAUAAAGAUGAUCAUUUUGUUAUCAUUUAUACAUCUGGUACAACGGGUACAUCUAAAGGCGCUAUUCAUUCAAAUUAUUCAAUGCUGGCUUCAAUUGGUAAAAGAAUGCAAAAUUCAGCAAAUAAUGAUACAAAUCAAAACAAAAUGUUUGAUAGAUUUAAUCAAAAAUAUGGACUGUUUUGGUAUCCAUUAAGUCAUGUGUCCGGUACAUUUGUUUUGCUUUCAGAAAUAAUAAAUUGCCGUACAAAUGUUUUAGUUGUUAAUAAUCAAUUGGAAAGAUUAUUACAACUUGUAUCGGAAUAUCGAGUAGCCUUCUUGUCAUUAUCUCCAAAACAUGUUACUCAAAUGGCACAAAAUGAUUAUCGUGAACAAUUUGAUCUAAGUUCAGUGAAAAUGAUUCCAUGUGGUGGUUCGAAAAUCCCAUUGAAUUGUAUUGAAAAUAUACAGAAAAAAUAUAAAGUUCUCUUCAUUGAUGGUUAUGGUUCAACAGAAUUUUUAGGUGGAAUUCAGAAUAUGGAAUUUAUGUUUGGUGGUAAACUCAAAUUGGGUACAGUGGGUAGACCAUCACCGGGUGUUGAAAUGAAAAUUAUUGAUCUGGAAACCGGAAAAUCAUUGCCUGCUGAAAAACAAGGCGAAAUUCUGAUACGUGGUCCACAACAAUUUGUUGGUUAUCUUAGAAAUGAAAGAGCAACAAAAGAAACCAUAGAUUCAGAUGGCUGGUAUCAUACCGGUGAUGUUGGUUAUUAUGAUGAUGAAGGUUACCUGUAUAUUGUUGAUCGUAUCAAAGAAUUAUUCAAAUUUCGUGAAUGGAGCGUAUUUCCAACUGAAAUUGAAGAAUUUAUUCUAAAGAAUCCUGCUGUUGAUAGUGUUUGUGUUGUCGGUGUACCACAUAAAGUUGAUGGCUAUCAUACACGUGCAUACAUUCAAAUUCGUCAAGGACAAUCGUUAAGUGAAAAAGAAAUAAUCGAUUCAGUACAGGAAAAUCUGGGUUUCCAAAAACGUUUACGUGCUGGUGUACAAUUUGUGCAGCAUAUUCCACGUACAUCCAUUGGUAAAGUGGAGCGAAAAUAUUUUCGUUCAUUAGUGAAAAAUGAAUUAUUAACUAAUGAGAUCGAAUAGAAUAUGUUGGAUUUUUAGUUUUUAAAAAUAAAAACUUUUUUUUUUAUUGCCGAAA